ACGUCUAUUUACUAUUUAUUUUUUUUGAAAGAAAAAAACCCUAUAGCCUUUUCCCUCCUUCAAAUCUCUCUCUCUCUCUUCUUCACUCACUCCAUCAUACGAAAUGCAAAUCAUCGAACCCUAGAUUUUCGCUCUCAGAGACCCAAAUCAGUCAAUCACAUUCGAAGCCACAACAACGCAUCGAUCACCAUCGCCGAUGCAAGACUUCAUCGGCUCAGUUCGUCGAUCUCUGGUGUUCAAGCCCACCGGCGCUGACGAUGGUGGUGGUGGUGGUGGUGGUUUAGGAGGGCUCGUUGAGAAGAUUGGUUCGAGUAUUCGAAAAUCGAGAAUUGGUCUCUUCUCGAAGCCGCCACUCCCAGCUCUGCCACCGAUUGCCAAAGCCGAUGGGACUAGAAUUAAGAAAGACGAUGCGCAGCCGAUCCGGUGGAGGAAAGGUGAGUUGAUCGGUUGCGGAGCAUUUGGAAGGGUUUAUAUGGGUAUGAAUCUUGAUUCCGGAGAGCUCAUCGCUGUCAAGCAGGUUUCAAUUGCGGCCAACAACGCUUCAAAAGAGAAAACACAGGCCCACAUUAGAGAGCUCGAGGAAGAAGUGAAGCUUCUUAAGAAUCUCUCACAUCCUAACAUUGUUAGAUACUUGGGAACAGCUAGAGAGGAGGAAUCAUUGAAUAUUUUGUUAGAAUUUGUUCCGGGUGGAUCCAUCUCAUCACUUCUGGGAAAAUUUGGUUCAUUCCCAGAGUCUGUUAUAAGAAUGUACACGAAACAAUUGUUGUUGGGAUUGGAAUACCUUCACAAGAAUGGUAUCAUGCACAGAGACAUCAAGGGAGCCAACAUCCUUGUUGAUAAUAAGGGGUGUAUAAAACUUGCGGACUUUGGCGCAUCAAAGAAAGUUGUAGAACUGGCUACUAUAACUGGUGCCAAGUCAAUGAAGGGUACUCCAUAUUGGAUGGCUCCUGAAGUUAUUCUUCAAACUGGGCAUAGUUUUUCUGCUGAUAUAUGGAGUGUUGGAUGUACUGUUAUCGAGAUGGCUACAGGAAAGCCUCCUUGGAGCCAGCAAUAUCAGGAGGUAGCUGCUCUCUUCCAUAUUGGGACUACUAAAUCUCAUCCCCCCAUCCCCGAGCAUCUCUCUCUUGAGGCAAAGGAUUUUCUGUUAAAAUGUUUGCUGAAGGAACCAAACUUACGGUCUGCUGCAUCAGAUCUGCUGCAGCAUCCAUUUGUAACUGGAGAGUACCAAGAAACCUAUCCUGUGUUGCGCACUUCAGUUAUGGACAAUUCUGGGAAAUGGAUGACAACACCUGAGAUGGACCUUAGGAACCCCAUGGACCCUACUAUCAGGACAACCUACACGCCAUUGAAGGAUGUUGGUAAUAGUGUGAGGUGUUCGACUAUAUAUCCUGAUAAGUUUUCAGGAAGAGGGCCCCUUUGGGGAUCAAGCAAUUGUGAUGAUGAUAUGUGUCAGAUUGAUGAUAAUGAUGAUCUUGUGGUUGGAGCAUCAAUGAAGUUUAAUUCGGUGUUACUUUCUCAUGAUUUAAAUAAGAGUUUUAAUCCUAUGUCUGAGCCCAAUGAUGAUUUGCCAUACAAGUUUGAUGAAAGUCCAGAGUUGGAGAAAAGUAGGACAAACUUAUUUGCUGGUCAAACAAUUAAUAAAGCUGCUAAUAGCCUUGAAGCACCUGGUAACAAUGAUUUCGCAUUUCCAAGUGGUCCCUUAGUAGCUGAGGAGGACGAUGAAGUUACUGAGACAAAAAUUAGAGCAUUCCUUGAUGAAAAGGCUUUAGAUUUGAAGAAGCUGCAAACACCUCUUUAUGAAGAGUUCUACAACUCAUUGAAUGCAGCUGGUUCGCCAAGUCCUGUUGGGAUUGAAAACAAAGAGAACUUAGGAAGUAAUUUGAACUUGCCUCCUAAAAGUAGGUCACCCAAACGGUUGCCUAGUAGAAGACUUUCUGCAGCUGUUGAUGUUGCCUAUACUGCUACCUCUGGGACUCAUUCCCAGCGUGUAUCAAUCAUUGGUGCUAAAAGUGAUCAAACUCUACCACAUGUACAUCCAUCUAAACCUAGUGAAUGGAAAGAGCUUCCUGUUGAUGCUCCGCGGGAGCUGAUUAGUCCAAGUGCAAGCUUCUCUGAGAGACAGCGAAGAUGGGAAGAGGAGCUUUAUGAAGAACUUGAGAGGAAACGAGAGAUGAUGCGUCAGGCAGGUGUGGCGAAGACACCAUCUCCAAAAGACCGAAUUGUGAAUCGACAGAAAGAUUGGUCAAGAUUUGCUUUCCCCGGCAAAUGAAUGUGGAAAGGCAAAAAAGUCAUUUGUGAAGAAUUCGAUCAGAGAUUGAUAAAGGGCGUGAGUGAUUACAAUUUGCAUACCAGUUCUACAAAUUAGUCCUAUCCAUAUUGAUGCGGUGACAUGCAUUGUAUGUAGCUCUGCAUUUGGUGAAAAUGGUAUUUCAAUAAUAUAUUAGUUGGCUACCUAGCCAAACUUGCAUGAAUUCAUGGCAGUGUGACCACCUUACCUAUCAGGUGCUUGUGGUUCAGCCAUUAAAAAUUUCAUGCAUAUUGUGUAUCUUUGUAUGUGGCCAUUUUUUUCCCUUUCCAUGUAACCUAAGUAUUUAUUUUUUAAAAAUUAUUAUUAUAUUUGACAUGUAUGUUACUGUGCCGAGGAGUAUGAGAAGAUAGAAAAAAGGGAGUAUUUUUGAGUUUGGGUUCAACGUGUGAAAAUUUUCAUCUGAUAGAGUGAGGCAGGUUAUAAAUAUAUCUUCCUUUUGGUAAACAUGGUGGUUAAAGUAGUUUUGAGCCUUAUGGCAUCUCUUUGGGGUUUACUA